GCUGCUUGCAGCCGCCCGCGCCUGCUCCCUCCCUUGUCAGGCGCUGGUCCUGAAACAGCCCCGGGAAGUGAAGAAGCAGCUCGGCGCUCUGCGGAGCGAUCCCGACCCUAGCAGAUGUGCGCAGCCCCGCGUGGCCGCAGCAUGAGCGCGCGCGGUCCAGCCCUGUGCUUCUUCCUGCUCUUGCUCUGUCCUGCGCAGGUGUUUUUACAGUCCUGUGUUUGGUAUGGAGAGUGUGGAAUUGCAUCUGGAGAUAAGAGAUACAAUUGCAGAUAUUCUGGGCCACCAAAGCCACUGCCAAAAGAUGGGUAUGACUUAGUGCAGGAACUCUGUCCUGGAUUCUUCUUCGACAAUGUCAGUCUCUGUUGUGAUGUUCAGCAGCUUCGGACUCUGAAAGACAACCUGCAGCUGCCUCUGCAGUUUCUGUCCAGAUGCCCAUCCUGUUUUUAUAACCUAAUGAACCUGUUUUGUGAGCUGACAUGUAGCCCUCAUCAGAGUCAGUUUCUGAAUGUUACAGAAACUGAAGACUACAUUGAUCCUAUGACAAACCAGACAAAAACGAAUGUCAAAGAAUUACAAUACUAUGUUGGACAGAGUUUUGCCAAUGCAAUGUACAAUGCCUGCCGGGAUGUGGAGGCCCCCUCAAGUAAUGACAAGGCCCUGGGGCUCCUCUGCGGGAGGGAUGCUGAUGCCUGCAAUGCCACCAACUGGAUCGAGUACAUGUUCGAUAAGAACAAUGGACAGGCGCCAUUUACCAUCACUCCCAUUUUUUCAGAUCUUCCAGUCCAGGGGAUGGAGCCCAUGAACAAUGCCACCAAAGGCUGCAAUGAGUCUGUAGAUGAGGUCACUGGGCCAUGCAGCUGCCAGGACUGCUCCAUCGUUUGUGGCCCCAAGCCCCAGCCCCCAGCACCUCCUAUUCCCUGGAGGAUCUUUGGUUUGGAUGCCAUGUAUGUCAUCAUGUGGAUCACCUACAUGGCAUUUUUGUUUGUGUUUUUUGGAGCAUUUUUUGCAUUGUGGUGCUACAGAAAGCGUUAUUUUGUCUCCGAAUACACUCCCAUUGACAGCAAUAUAGCCUUUUCUGUUAAUGCCAGUGACAAAGGGGAGGCGUCCUGCUGCGACAGGCUUGGUGCAGCCUUUGAGGGCUGUUUGAGGCGCUUCUUCACCCAGUGGGGAUCUUUCUGUGUCCGAAACCCUGGCUGCGUCAUUUUCUUCUCAGUGGUCUUCAUUGCUGCAUGUUCUUCAGGCCUGGCAUUUGUCCGGGUCACCACCAAUCCUGUUGACCUCUGGUCAUCUGCCAGCAGCCAGGCCCGCCAGGAUAAAGAGUACUUUGACACACACUUUGGGCCUUUCUUCCGGACGGAGCAGCUCAUCAUCCGGGCCCCCAAUACCAGCAAACACAUUUACCAGCCUUACCCCGCAGGAGCCGACGUGCCCUUUGGACCCCCACUUGACAAAGAGAUUUUGCAUCAGGUGCUCGACUUACAAACAGCCCUUGAAAGUAUUACCGCAAAUUAUAACAAUGAGACUGUGACACUUCAAGACAUCUGCUUGGCCCCUCUCUCACCUUAUAACAAGAACUGCACCAUUUUGAGUGUGUUAAAUUACUUCCAGAACAGCCAUACGGCACUGGACCAUCAAGUAGGGGAUGACUUCUUUGUGUAUGCCGAUUAUCAUACGCAUUUUCUGUACUGCACAAGGGCUCCUGCCUCUCUGAAUGAUACAAGUCUGCUGCAUGAUCCUUGCCUCGGUACAUUCGGUGGACCCGUGUUCCCGUGGCUUGUGCUGGGAGGCUACGAUGAUCAAAACUACAAUAAUGCCACUGCUCUCGUGAUUACCUUCCCUGUCAAUAAUUACUACAAUGAUACAGAGAAGCUCCAGAGGGCCCAGGCCUGGGAAAAAGAGUUUAUUAAUUUUGUGAAAAACUACAAGAAUCCAAAUCUGACCAUUUCUUUCACUACUGAACGAAGUAUUGAAGAUGAACUAAAUCGUGAAAGUAAUGGGGAUAUCUUCACUGUUGUCAUUAGCUACGCCAUCAUGUUUCUGUAUAUUUCCCUAGCCUUGGGGCACAUCAAAAGCUGUCGCAGGCUUCUGGUGGAUUCUAAAAUCUCCCUAGGCAUCACAGGGAUCGUGAUCGUGUUGAGCUCGGUGGCCUGCUCAUUGGGUAUCUUCAGCUACAUGGGGACCCCGUUGACCCUCAUAGUGAUUGAAGUCAUCCCGUUCCUGGUGCUGGCUGUGGGGGUGGACAACAUCUUCAUCCUGGUGCAGACCUACCAGAGAGAUGAACGUCUUCAAGGGGAAACCCUGGAUCAACAACUGGGCAGGGUCCUAGGAGAAGUGGCUCCUAGUAUGUUCCUGUCAUCCUUUUGCGAGACUUCAGCAUUUUUCUUUGGAGCCCUGUCGGUGAUGCCAGCCGUCCACACUUUCUCUCUGUUUGCGGGAUUGGCYGUCUUCAUUGACUUCCUACUUCAGAUUACCUGUUUCGUGAGUCUCUUGGGAUUAGACAUUCAACGUCAAGAGAAAAAUCGGCUGGACAUCCUCUGCUGUGUGAAAGGUGCUGAAGAUGGAAGCAGCGUCCAGGCCUCAGAAAGCUGCCUGUUUCGCUUCUUCAAAAACUCCUACUCUCCACUUCUGCUGAAGGACUGGAUGCGACCCAUCGUGAUUGCCGUCUUUGUGGGUGUCCUGUCAUUUAGUAUCGCGGUCCUGAACAAAGUAGAAAUUGGAUUGGAUCAGUCUCUUUCAGUGCCAGAUGACUCUUAUGUCAUAGAUUACUUCAAAUCCCUUGGUCAGUACCUGCACGCGGGUCCACCUGUGUACUUUGUCCUGGAGGAAGGGCACAACUAUACAUCCCUACAGGGGCAGAACAUGGUGUGCGGCGGCAUGGGCUGUGACAACGAUUCCUUGGUGCAGCAGAUAUUUAACGCGGCUCAGCUGGACAACUACACCCGGAUAGGCUUUGCUCCCUCGUCCUGGAUUGACGAUUAUUUUGAUUGGGUUAAGCCACAGUCUACUUGCUGUAGAGUCUACAAUAUCACUGAACAGUUCUGCAAUGCUUCAGUGGUUGACCCUUCCUGCGUCCGCUGCAGGCCUCUGACUCCGGAGGGCAAACAGAGACCUCAGGGUGGAGACUUCAUGAAAUUCCUGCCCAUGUUUCUCUCUGAUAACCCUAACCCCAAGUGUGGCAAAGGGGGACAUGCAGCUUACAGCUCAGCAGUUAACAUCCUUGGCAAUAAUACUGGCAUCGGAGCCACAUACUUCAUGACCUACCACACUGUGCUGCAGACCUCCGCUGACUUUAUUGAUGCUAUGAAAAAAGCCCGACUUGUGGCCAGUAACAUCACCGAAACCAUGAGCACGAAGGGCAGUAAUUAUCGGGUGUUCCCAUACAGUGUGUUCUACGUCUUCUACGAACAGUACCUGACCAUCAUUGAUGACACCAUCUUUAACCUUGGUGUGUCCCUGGGGUCCAUAUUUCUGGUGACCGUGAUUGUUCUGGGCUGUGAACUGUGGUCUGCAGUCAUCAUGUGYGUCACCAUUGCCAUGAUCCUGGUCAACAUGUUUGGCGUGAUGUGGCUGUGGGGCAUCAGUCUGAACGCAGUGUCSUUAGUCAACCUGGUGAUGAGCUGUGGCAUUUCYGUGGAGUUCUGCAGCCACAUAACCAGAGCAUUCACAGUGAGUGCAAAAGGAAGCCGCGUGGACCGUGCUGAAGAGGCGCUCGCUCUCAUGGGCAGUUCUGUAUUCAGCGGAAUCACACUUACAAAAUUUGGAGGAAUUGUGGUGUUGGCCUUUGCCAAAUCCCAGAUUUUCCAGAUAUUUUACUUCAGGAUGUAUUUAGCUAUGGUCUUACUGGGAGCCACUCAUGGACUAAUAUUUCUCCCUGUCUUACUUAGUUAUAUAGGCCCAUCAGUAAAUAAAGCCAAAAGUCGCACCACCCAAGAUCGGUACAAAGGCUCAGAGCGAGAACGACUCCUAAAUUUCUAGCCUUCUUCRAGGGUUUGUGACUUUGAACUGUGUCAAGGGGUCGGUCUGUUUACCACUGGACAGUAACUGCAUCGUCAAGACUAAGCUGAACACCCGAUGUUCCAGGCCUGGGGCUGUUGAACAGAGCUUCAGAUGUCCUGCUUUUAAACUCAGGAAUGUGCAUGUGACUUGGUGACUUGUGAAGCAGUAUUAUGAAAUCUGAAGGGACCUUUGGGACACUAAAGCCUCCCCCACCCCCCACCUAGUCCUUCAGGAAAGAAACCUCAUGUUUGACAAGAAGAAUGACACGUAGGGUAACUGUGAAUGUGAUCUGCUCAUGGACACUGUUUGAAGGCCAAUCUACACACUGGCUCCUUUUUUGGGGAGUAAGCCAUCAUACACAUUCUAUACCAUAUUUUUAGUAACAUUUGAGGAUAUUGUAGAUAUACUUUAUUAUGAAAUUUUGUAGUUUAAAGAGCUUUAUUAAUGCAAUAAAUUAACUUUGUACACAUUUUUAUAUAUAWAAAAAAAAAAAGCCUAGAAUGUUGUAGGCCUCAUUAGAGCUUGGUCUCCAAAAACCUGUUUGAAAAAAGCAACRUGUUCUUCACAGUGUUCUCCUAUGAAGGAAAACAGAGAUUUAGUCACCACUAGGUGUGACAGGAAAGGAAAACAAGAGAAUGUAGCUCACAGAUUGUAUACUGGGUUUUAACUUAUUUUUCUUUAAUAAAAUACCUGUUUUCCUAA